AUGGUGCGACAGCCUAAUUACCUGCGCAUGAAGGGGAAGGAGUACAAGGGUGACGUGGCCGAGAUCGGUGAGAGCGUGAACUACCGCCUCCCGAUGAGGACGCAGAUGAAGCUCGACGCGCGUUGGGAGUCAGACGGGGUGUUCCUGGGCAAGCUCGACCUCUCCGACGAGGUGAUCGUCGGCACACCGAAGGGCAUCGAGACUGUGAGGUCGACACGCAGGAAGGACGACGAGCACAGGUGGAACGCAGAGGCGAUCAGGAUGUUCGUCGGGGUGCCCUGGAACCCGAGGGUGCUAGUGGCAGACGCCCCAGGAGGUACGAGAAGGAAGUACAUCACGCGCGCCCUGAUCGCCAAGUAUGGGGCGACCGACGGCUGCCCUGGCUGCGCGGGCGACUCGCAGGUGCACGUCCCGAGGUGCCGGCUGCGCUUCGAGAAGAUCUUCGAGAGCGAGAAGUCACCAGGAGAGCCGAGGGCGGUGGCACCCAGGGAGGAGGAGCCCACGGCCCCAAGCGGGCCAGCCCAGCAGGCGCCCAGAGGAGUACCGCCACCGGCUGCAGCAGCAGUGGGCGCCGGCAGCGCGAGCGGUGCAAGGCCCGAGCCCAUGGCGAUCGAGGGGCAGUUUGGCCCCCAUGGCGACGAGGUGGUGACAACGCCUCGGACCUCGCCGCGGGGGGUGGUCGACGUCAUCGGCACGCCUAGCAGGAGGCUGCGUGAGGGAGCAGACUCGAGCGACGAGGCCAUGGCCAAGAGGGCUCGCGAGGUGAUGAGCAUCAUGGAGCUCGAGGUCUGUGAGGAGAGCGAGAUCGAGAUUGAGUGGGACAGGCUCACGCAGCACGGCAAGAUCUACCUGGACAUGUACACUGGCGAGGCGCUGGACCCCGAGUUGGUGCAGAAGGGCCGCGAGACCAAGGUCAAGAGGAUGCUCGAGUUCGGGGUGUUCGAAGAGAUCGACGAGAGCGAGGCCGUCGGCAAGAAGAUCGUGAACUCGGACUGGAAGGAUUCCCUGAAGCGCGAUGGCCUGGUGAGGUCGCGCCUGGUGGCCCAGGAGGUCGUCAAGGGCGACAAGCGCGAGGACGUGUUCGCAGGCGCGCCGCCCCUGUCCGCGAUGCGCUACUUGCUGUCGCGGGCGGCAAGCAAGGGGCAGGCGAGGAGCAUCGCCACGUACGACGUGUCGGUGGCGUUCUUCCACGCCAAGAUGACGGAGGAACUGAUCGUGAGGCCACCUGCCAUCAUGAGGAAGCCCAAGAAGCUCUGGAGGCUCCUGAAGACAGUGUACGGCACGCAGGUGGCGGCGAAGCUCUGGCAGGAGCUGAUCCGCGAGACGACCGCGACGGGAGGCUGGGACCCGAUCUGGGUGCUCCCCUGCGUAUGCUACAACGCGGACGCGGACAGCAUGAUGAUCUACCACGGCGACGACUUCGCCGUCGAGGGCCACGACGAGACGCUGGACAAGUGCGACGCGGUGCUGAGCAACUUCGAGGUGAAGAUCGCGCCACGCGUGGGCCCGACUGGGGUCCGCGAGGCCAAGUUCCUGGGCAGGACCCUGACCUGGUGCGAGGAGGGGUUCGGCUACAGGCCAGCGACGAAGCACGUCGACAAGUUGCGCAAGAUCCUCAGCAUGGACGGGUGCAAGCCGAUGGACACGCCAGGCUCGAAGGCCACGGGAGCAAACGUGCGCGACAUCGAGGAGAAGUUGAGCGAACACGACGCGGUCAUCUUCCAUUCGGCCGCAGGCGUGCUGCAGUUCAUCGUGCUUGAUCGUCCGGAGAUCCUGCUCGCCGACAAGGAGAUCCGGCAGGCGGUGGCAGCGCCUGACAAGCUCAGCAUGAUGAGGCUGAGACGCGUGGUACGCUACUUGACGGGAGAACGCGAGUGCUACACCGCCUACCACUACCAGGAGCAGCCGAAGGCCCUCGACUGCUACACCGACAGCGAUUGGGGAGGCGCCAAGGUGACACGCAAGUCGACUUCGGCUGGCGUGAUCGUGGCAGGGAGCCACUGGCUCGAGGCCUGGUCUGCCACGCAGCAGACUCGGGCCCUGAGCAGCGGGGAGGCCGAGCUCUACGCCAUUGUCUCGGGAGCUUCCCGAGGACUGCUGCUGAAGCACCUGGCGAGCGAGGUUGGCGACGACCUGGAGCUGAACAUCCUGAGUGACAGCGCAGCGGGCCGUGGCAUGGUCCAGAGGAUUGGAGUCGGCAAGGCCCACCACGAGAAGAAGUUCAACAUCAAGAAGGUCAGCACCGAUGCCAACCUGAGCGACAUCGGCACGAAGCACUUGGCGAGGACGAGGGUGCUCGCCCUGCUGGGAAAGAUCGGCGUGUUCGUGCAGAGCUCGAUGGGUAAGGCGUCCGUGCUCGCGUGUCUGUUCGGGCACACUGAGGGCAAGGCCGCGGAGGUAGCCGAGGAGGGGCCCAUCCUGUUCACCAUCCUGGUGGCGCUGGUGGUCAUGAUCAUGAGCAACACGGGCGUGACGGUGGCGCUGCUGCGGGGCUGCGGAUGCUUGCGGCGGUCGGCGCCUGAGCGGGCGGUGGCAACGCCUGACUCCGGCAGCAUGGAGCUCCCGGCAGUCAUCUCCAGCAGCGCGGUGGAGGCGAGCUCAAGUGCUACGCCGACUACCACUACCAGGAGCAGGUCGGCGGCCAGCUCGGCCGGCGUGCGGAGGGGAGUCAUCACCCAGACGCCGCUGACCUGGAAGAGCUACUGGGCGUCGCCACGCAUGGCGCGCCUGCCGGAGGGAGCGGACGGAGCGUUCCCCUGCGAGCUGGAUUGA